GCUCAGCAGAUGACCAUGCAGGCAAUGGCCUUCCAGCAGCAGAUGCUGUCUUCCUUCCCCCCAGGCCCCUCCCACACAACCACCCCCCGCACCUCCAGCCAUACUGAAGAAGCUCCAGACCAGGCGAGCCUGAACCCAGCCCAGCACCACCCGUCCUCCAGGAAACACAGUCCGACACGGGCCCCCCCUCCUGAUGACAUGGUGCGGUCCAGGGCCCCCCCUCCUGAUGACAUGGUGCGGUCCAGGGCCCCCCCUCCUGAUGACAUGGUGCGGUCCAGGGCCCCCCCUCCUGAAGGACUGGUCCAAUCCAGCGUGUCUAACUCAGAAAGCCCCUCCCACAACAUCAAGGAUAUGAUCAAACAGUACCAACACCCAUCUAACCCUGCACCCAGCCAGCCUGCACACACACACAGGAAGGGGGAGGGGAAGAUGUUUGUGAAGAAGCCGGACCCUCAUGAUGAAGCCAUGUACAUCCUGAAAGACCAGAUGAGCAACCCACCACCACAG